UAAGGCCGAGCGCGGAGCGCGAGGAGCUGCUGGGUGUGUGUCGCAGCCAGUUUCCCUCGGCGGUUUGCUGAGCUCCUGCGCUGCCAUGGAGCCGGCUGUGGAGGGAGCGAGCGCGACCGCAGCCGCUGUGUCAGGUGCCCACACCAAUGAUGACUCCCCCGAAGUCGAAAAAGGAGUCGGAGCGGCGGUUGAGAAGAAGGACGCCGCCGCCGCGAAAGGAUCGGAGCCCGGUGGGGAGAGCGAGGAGGACGGAGAGGAUGUGUUCGAGGUGGAGAAGAUCCUGGACAUGAAGAUCGAGGGGGGUAAAGUGCUUUACAAAGUCCGCUGGAAAGGGUAUACGUCAGAAGAUGAUACCUGGGAGCCUGAGAUUCAUUUGGAGGACUGUAAAGAGGUGCUUCUUGAUUUUAGGAAGAAAGUUGCGGAGAACAGAGCCAGAGCAAUUAAGAAGGACAUUCAGAGACUAUCCUUAAAUAAUGAUAUAUUUGAGGCAAACUCCGAUAGUGAUCAGCAAAGUGAGACCAAAGAAGAUACUUCCCCGAGGAAGAAAAAGAAAAAAUUAAGGUAUAGAGAAGAGAAAAGCCCAGAUGAUCUGAAAAAGAAAAAAGUAAAGACUGGGAAACUGAGAGAUAAAUCCAAACCAGACCUGGAGAGCCCCUCGGAAAGUUUAGUCUUUGAUUUAAGGACAAAGAAAAGGAUUUUGGAAGCCAAAGAAGAAUUAAAGGAGUCCAAAAAGCCCAAAAAAGAUGAAAUAAAAGAAACUAAAGAAGUAAAGAAAGUUAAAAAAGGUGAAACAAGAGAUUUAAAGAUUAAAAUAAGAGAAGAUCCCAAAGAAAACAGAAAAACAAAGAAAGAGAAAUGUGUUGAAUCUCAGGUGGAAUUUGAAUCAAGUGCACUUAAUGAUUCCCCGUUGCAGGAGCAAGACAGUGAAGAUUUACAUUCUGACAAUAGAGAAGAGAAACAAAACAUUAAAAGUGCAAAAGAUAGAGCAGGGCAGGAUGCAGGGCAGGACCAACCUCCUGAUAAACAGCUGGACAGCGUUGGGAGUGCUGACGAGGAUGCUGAUGUCAAGGCCAAGAGGAAAAAAAAAACCCUGAGAAAGGCUGAGGAACCCAAAGAGAACAGGAAGCUAGAAAACAGGAAUGCUUUCUUAGAGAAGAAAACUGUGCCCAAAAAGCAGAAGAAUCAAGAUAAAGGCAAAAGUACCACUGAGUUAGAAAAGCUGACGCCUGCCUCUGCCCAGAAGCAAAAGGGUUUGAGGUUGGGUGGGGAAGAGCGAGGCCUCAGGUCCACUGACCCGACGACGGAGGAGGAGAAAGAGACCAAAAAAAAUGAACCCAAAGAAAAAUACCAGAAAAGGCAUGAUUCAGACAAGGAAGAAAAAGGCCGAAAAGAGCCGAGGGGAUUAAAGACACUUAAGGAAAUCAGAAAUGCAUUUGACUUAUUUAAAUUAACUCCAGAAGAAAAAAAUGAUGUUCCUGAUAGUAACCGGAAACGAGAAGAAAUACCACUGGACUGCAAAACCACAGAAGAUCACAAAACCAAGGAAAGCAAGGAGUUACUUAAAGAAAGGAGAAGUACAAGAGACGAAACGGAUACUUGGGCAUACAUUGCUGCAGAAGGUGACCAGGAGGUUUUGGACAGUCUGUACCAAAUGGAUGAGAAUGCGGAUGGCCGGCAACAUAUUUUGAGUUUGGGCAUGGACUUGCAGUUGGAAUGGAUGAAAUUAGAAGAUUUUCAAAAGCAUCUUGAUGGGGAAGAUGAGAAUUUUGCUACAGCUGAUGCAAUUCCAAGUAAUUUGUUGAGGGAUGCUGUGAAAAAUGGGGAUUAUGUUACUGUAAAGGUUGCACUUAAUUCAAAUGAAGAAUAUAACCUGGACCAAGAGGAUGCCAGCGGGAUGACACUGGUGAUGCUCGCUGCGGCAGGAGGACAGGAUGACCUCCUGCGACUCCUCAUCACUAAAGGUGCCAAAGUGAACGGCCGGCAGAAGAACGGGACCACUGCCCUUAUUCACGCUGCUGAGAAGAACUUUCUAACCACAGUGGCCAUCCUUUUGGAAGCGGGAGCUUUCGUGAAUGUCCAGCAGAGCAACGGCGAGACGGCGCUGAUGAAGGCCUGUAAGAGGGGAAAUUCGGACAUCGUACGACUUGUAAUUGAAUGUGGAGCUGACUGCAAUAUUUUGUCAAAGCACCAAAACAGUGCCCUGCACUUUGCAAAGCAGUGUAACAAUGUGCUCGUGUACGACUUGCUGAAGAGCCAUUUAGAGACACUUUCAAGAGUAGCGGAAGAAACAAUAAAGGAUUACUUUGAAGCUCGUCUUGUUCUACUAGAACCAGUCUUUCCAAUAGCAUGUCAUCGACUCUGUGAGGGGCCAGAUUUUUCAACAGAUUUUAGUUACAAACCCCCACAGAACAUUCCGGAAGGCUCUGGCAUCCUGUUGUUCAUUUUCCAUGCAAACUUUUUGGGUAAAGAAGUCAUUGCUCGCCUCUGUGGACCAUGUAGUGUACAAGCUGUGGUUUUAAAUGAUAAAUUUCAACUUCCUGUUUUUCUGGACAGUCAUUUUGUUUACUCAUUCAGCCCCGUUGCAGGCCCCAAUAGACUCUUCAUAAGGUUGUCGGAAGCACCCUCUGCUAAGGUGAAGUUGCUAAUAGGAGCAUACAGAGUGCAGCUGCAGUGACCAAGCAGAAAGGAUUGGGAUGCAGUUAUUUUCAGACCGAUUCCUAAAUAUUCUCUAUGAAGCAGUUUGGAAUUCUUCUGGCACAUGUCAAACUUUCACAUGUAAAGUUUUGUCUGCAAACCUCCUGUGGUGUAAGCCUGUCGUCUGUUGUAGUCUGUAAGCUGGGAUGCAGAUGUGUUUGUGCCAGUGUUGGGGAAUCUCAGUGUUGUGUCCAGACUGCGUAUUUUCAGUUUUUCCACAAUGUGGAUGGUACCUAUGAGGAUUAUUUAAGGAAAUUAAAGACUUUUUUUUUUUAACUUGAAAUUUUCUACUAGCCACAGUGAAUUUCUGUGUUAAAAAAAAGGGGGGUGGGGAGGGGGGAAUAUUCAACUAUAAAGCAUUUGCUUAUAGCAAGGGAGCUGUGUUAUAUUCAAUUUACCCAAUGCCAAAUAAGUGUGGAUCUGCUGCCCUGGAAGGGUGAUUAAUGUGGCAAUGGGGGAGAGGCCUGAUCUUUUCUAAUCUACAGCUGCCACAUAUUCCCCAAGCAGAAAGGGUGGCGGUGGCAGUAACUCAGUAAAAGUGCAGUAAUCACUUAUCCUUUCAAAUGCUAACAGGGUAAUAAAAUGAAAAUCUAAGAUGUAGCAAGAGUACAAACCAGGACAUUAUGAGGCCUAAAAGAAUAUUAAAUGUAAACUUUUAGACUUGUUCUUGGAAUCUCAAGUAAUUUUGAAAAGCCACAUCCCGUGCCCUUGUUGUGAACACUAACCGGGAAGACCAGCCUCAGAUCCCAGCCACGCCUGGCUGUCCCAGGGGCUGAGUCAGGCUGUGCCUCUGGGGAAGAGCUCCUGCUUCUGUAGACGGCCCCACAGGUCUAAUUCUUACAUCCUCUUAAAUAUUUGGCGAACACUCAUAAAAAUCAAGCUCAGUCUGGAUUUUGAAAAUUGUUUAGUUCCUCAUUAGUUUAUAACUGUAUGAAAUAUUUUAAUGCAGGUUUUUCAGACUAUCACAUUACGAUGUUACACCCACAUACAUUGUGUAGCCAUUUCAGAGAACCAUUUUACUUUACAUCCUAAAACUGCCUUUUCCCAUAGUUUCCUCAAUAAAACAACACAAUGUUGGUCUAUUUGCUUUUUAUCUCAAGUCUCAGGAUGUCAUCUGUUAUCUCAAAAUUAUGCCUAAGACGAACAGCCUUACAGGACCAGAUCAGAAGGUAGGAUCUGCCUUUAUCAAGGUAGGGCUAACAUUGAAACUAACCCAAACAGAAAAUCUGCACACAGUUCUGUUAGUAGCUUAGGCUGAGGAAAAGCAGGACACAUACGACAGUUAUCAAAAAACUGAUUCAUGAAAAUGACAGAGGAUUUUGAAAUUUUAAUACUUCGUGCAGUUAACGUUUCACAGCAUAAAGUUUUAAACUUAGUCCCAAAUCUCUGCCCAGUGAAGACCACUUACUUACGGAAGCCACACCGCCUGCCUUCGUCUUACGCCGACUUGCAGAUACGCUCCUCCUCACAGACCAAAGCCGGGUUUUCAGACGUGACUUCUCCCUCCAAGCAUCUUGAUUUAAUUUAUAAAACAAAGAACCUGAAUAAAAAUGGAAAUCCUUAACCACAGAAAAUGUGCCCUUGAGGCAUGUUUUAAAAUGUAAAGUGUUAGAUUUACUCCAAAAUGUACUUAAAUGGAAUAAUAAAUUCAUAAGUGAAAUAAAAUGUUUCCUGUCA